CCGCGUUUCAACAGCGGCAAUAUAUAAUCAAAACAACAUUUCUUUGUUUACUUUAUUCCUGCUCCUGAAAUAUAUGAUCGAUGAUGCCAGCCCGGGUCACUUCUUUUCUUCUCCGUCACUUAUGACCUCGUGCUGGAUGCGAAUUUCAUUUGGUCAGCAACCAAGAGAACUCACAACGUUUUGUUUCGAACCAGUUUACGCGGGUUCUAAAAAUACACUCGUCACGUGUACAUACAAAAGGAAACACAGUAUAAAGCUGUCGAGUCGACGAAAUUUCCUUCAUUGAAACACACCACCGAAGAAUUUUGUUAGAACAGAAAGCACCAUGACACAUUGUAUGAUUUGCUUUGCAGAAACGCCUGACAGAAUCUCGCGGACAUUAUGUUGCUUGGGAGUUAUAUGUUUGUCUUGUUUGGAGGCACACAUUGUGUCGAAGAUAAACGAAGCUAUCGUGGCCAUAAUAUGUCCUCUGGGCAAUUGUGACAGUUUAGUAAGCGAGGAGGAGAUAAGACAGCUUGUUCCUGUUGAAGUGUUCGAAAAAUACGAACGUUUCAAAGUGGAGGUAGAACAAAACCCAGGGAUCAAGAUAUGCCCAGGAUGUUCGCGUAUUUAUCAACACCCAGACUUGGAGAAAGUGGAACGCGAAAAAGUCUCCCGUCCGGAAGUUAUGAAAGUAACAUGUUCAAAAUGUCGCCUGGUUUGGUGUUUUGCUUGCCAAGCUCCCUGGCAUCACGGCUUGACGUGUAAUGAAUUCUGUAAAGGGGAUAAAUCUUUGAAAAUAUGGGCAAAAAAUCGGGGACAGCCUGCUCGAAACGCCUGUCGUUGUCCGAAAUGUCAUGUCUUCAUUCAGAAGUCCAGCGGCUGCGACCACAUGUGCUGUAGCAGGUGAGAAUCAUAAAUUGGUAGCGCAUACUGUUAAACUGUUUUUUCGUGGAACCAUCUAAUGAAAAUUUCUAUGUUAUGAUUUUAAUGUGAAAAACACAUAGGUUGCUACUUCCGUCUCUGUGAGGUUCCCAGUGUUAUCUUCUGAAUUUGAUCGGAUUUAAACAUUAGUUAGCCUAUCGAGGUUUUUGUUUUGAUCGACGAAACAAAGAAAAGUUUAUCUUUGUACAUGUGCGUUGAGUGAUGUCUUUGAAAAAACUUCGGACGCCAACUUUUAAGUCAUUCAAUGAUCGUUUAGCAUAAGAAACAGGUUUAACACGUUUUGGUAGAUUUUUCCAUUGAUAUUUUUCACUGGCAAGCGUUGAGUAAACACAGCUGUGCUCCCUUAAAUUAUUUGGGAGGGAGGGAAGGGUCAUGAUUUGACCUUCUUUGUAACAGGGGCUGGUAAAAUAGUUUUUGUAUCAUUCUUAGCAUCAGUCUAGUCCAGUUGUGAUGUAAUAAAUGAUUUGAAAAUUUGAUUAUUGAAAAUUCUUAUUAGCUUUUUCCAUUUCUUAAAAAAAAUUUGCUUUGAGUUUACCUCACACCCUCUCAACAUGGUACCCAAUGUCAUAACCAAUUUUUCUUUCUUUUGUCAGAUGUAACACUGAAUUCUGUUACCGUUGUGGCGGGAAGUACCAUGAUCUUAAAUUCUUAGGCAACCACUAUGAUCGUUUCAGUAUCCUGGGCUGCAAAUACAACUACAAGCCAAAUCAACCUGCACAGAGGAUAGCAGUGCGUGGAGCACUCUUCAGUGGUAAAGUUGUAUUGGCACCUGUAGUUGCAAGUUUGGCUGUCAGUGCUGGUUGUGUUGUACUUGGUGCAGGGUUGGUUGCUGCACCGUUUUAUGCCCCAUAUGUGCUGAUAAAGAGACAAAGAGCAAAACACAAGCAGAAAAAAUUGAGAAACAGAAAAACAAUGGAAAAUUCUAGUCUUUAGGCCUAAUGAGUUUUACAUGCAUUACCAGGAGACUUGGGUUUGGUUUUUAUUUUGUCAAACUAGUACACAUUUGGACCUUGUUUCAUGCUACUUUUCAAAUGGAAAUCAAAAAGGAACAUCAGAGUGAUAAUCAUCUGUCCUUUUUAAGGCCAACUAUAAUGUAAGGCCAGACCAUGGGGGAACAGCUGCAUGACUAUUUUUUUAAAAUCAGUGGGUUGCUUCUGCUUUUGAGAACCAAUGUAAAGCAUGGUGAUAUUGGGCUUCCAAUCAUCCAGUUACCAUGAUCUGCUUCUGUCACAAGAUAAAUUAUGCCUUCCCUUGGAGACAUACAUAACAAAGAAAAAUGCUGUCAUGUCUUUAGAGCUUCUAAAAUCAUUCUGCAUGCCUUAGGGACAGUUAAUCAUGUCAAAUGAGACAGCUGCAUCUGAUUUUUCUUUUUAAGCAAGUAGUGCAAGCAACGAAAGUCGGCAACACUCAGUUAAAAUCUUUGACCACUUGAGUAUUCCCCCCCCUUUUUUUGAGGCCUUCUUCCCCAUAUACUUCUAGGAUCUUCCUCUUCUUAUCCCUAGGAAAUUUUACACUUACCCCAGGGGUUCACGUUCCCUUCACUGGUUACAAUGAAAGUUCUCAAGUUUAAAAGCUGUCAUUGCACAAUGUAUUAUAGUUCAGAUUUUUCUUUCUGUUGUUCAAACUCAUUUGAAAAUAAUUUUUUUUAAUCAGUAUUGCUUUUCAAUUGUAAUAUCAGAGUGUUCUUAAAUAUGGCCAAAAUAUUCAGAAAUAAUAAGACACUACCAUAAGAACUUUUUCACCUUGUUGGAGGUAAUUGGGCAAUGUAAGUUGAUGUUUGGUUAAGGGCUUGUGGUGGCCAAAUUGUGGCAAAAUCCACAAAUGAAAAAUUGACAGGGCAACUGUAUUGAGGAGAAGCCUUGUUAAGUUAGAUAUCUAAUUGUUGUUUUUGACACAAAUUUUCAUUCUUGAACUUUUGCUCCAAUUUGGCUACCAUACUUGUGAAAAAUAGUAGAAUCUUAUUAAGCAUUUUUUUUCACUCUGUCUGAUUGCCAAUUUUAAAAUGUAAUAAGGCGAAAACUUAUAAGUCAGUGAACAUCUGCCAAAAACCAAAUUCAGCAUGAGUGUGUAAAAUGUCAGGAAAGUGUUGAGCAUGAAAAUCUUGUUACUGAGACAAAAUUAUCACUCUAUUUUUCCCUGCCUGUGUUACAGUUCAAAGACUUCAGUAAAAUCAAUUGUAACCGGAAGAUAUAACCAUGGUUGCAGCCAAUUUAAUUAUUUGGAAAUUUUUAUACAACUGUUAUCAUAAUUUUAACCCUUGGUCACUAAAAUUGUCAUAAAUUGUAGAGAAAAUAGUUGGGUUAAGGGAAAAAAACUGAAAAGUGUGUUGGAAUGAAUACAUCUUCAAACUAUAUACUAGUUAAAUAUUUUGGGCUAACUUGAGGUCUUCAUUUGGUGAAUGGUGGUAUGAAAAAAGCAGAUGAAUUUAGAAAGGAAAAGGGAAGGAUUACUUUUUUUCUCCUUUGUAAAUGGUGAUUAUUUAAGCUGUAUUUAAUUGAAUUCUAAAAUUAAAAAGCUCACAUAGUAAGGCA